UGGGACUCGGAAGCUUGGAGUGGAGUUCUCUUCGACAAGGGGCACGUAGGUCCAAUUUGAAGAAGCUUUGUAGAAAGAGGUGUGAAGAAGACAGCAUGGACUUCACCCCAACGCACACCCCUGUUUGCAGAAAGGUCAGUGGUUCCAAGAAGUGGAGGGGAAUGUCUUUCCCCGAUUCGCCGGCGUCACCGCCCCUGCCUUCCACCGAAGACCGCCUGGCCGUCCUCUGCCCUUCUCAAGAGCUGCUGGAAUAUUUUCAAAAGAAGAUGGCUGAGUGUGAGACAGAAAACGAAGACCUGUUGAAGAAACUGGAACGAUACAAAGAAACUUGCGAAGCACAGCAUAAACUAGAAUGGAAGUUGCAGCAGAAGGAGGAAGAGAUUGCUGAAUUGCAGAAAGCUCUAAGUGAUUUGCAGAUCUGCCUUUUCCAGGAACGGGAACACGUUUUACGUCUCUACUCAGAAAACGACCGACUGAGAAUCAGGGAGGUAGAAGACAAGAAAAAGAUUCAAAGCCUCUUGGCUCUUGUGGGAACAGACACUGGAGAAGUGACCUAUUUUUACAAGGAGCCUCCCCACAAAGUCACCAUUCCUCAAAAGGUUAUACAGAUUAUAAGUAAGCAGGAACAGAAUGAACCUCCAGAGUUAAAAGCAGAUCCUAAAGUAAGCCAAAGAAGACCAGCAGUGAGAGAGCGGGAAGAAAGUUCCGAGCAAUACCAAAGAGACAUACAGACACUUAUCUUGCAGGUGGAAGCGCUGCAGGCUCAGCUGGAAGAACAGACCAGGCUGUCUAGAGAACAAGUUGAAGGGCUCAUGGAAGACCGACGGAUUCGCAUUGAGGAAAUACAAAUUCAGCACCAAAGUAAUCAGGAGAAAAUCAAGGAGCUAACCAAAAGUCUCCAUCACACCCAAGCACUGCUCUAUGAGAGCACCAAAGACUUCCUGCAGCUCAGAGGUGAGAACCAGCGUAAGGAGAAGUGCUGGAUGGUUGAAAAGGACUGUCUGGAGUCGAAGAUUAAGCAGUACAGGCUGCAGUGUCAGAAGAAAGACGAGAAGACUGGGAAAGGUUGUCCAGUUGUACACCAGAGCCGUCACAACCAAAACGAAUACAUUAAGACCCUGAAGGAAAAGUUAGUACAAGAGAAACAGCUAUCUACCAUGUACCAAGAGCAGUGUAUUUCCCUAGAAGAAGAACUCGCCCGAAUUCAAGAGGAGGAAGGUAUAAAGAAAGAAAUCUUCAAGGAUCGCACUAACAAGAUGGGGAAGCGCUUACAGGUGAUGACAAAGCGCUAUGAGGCCUUGGAGAACCGACGUUUGUUGGAAGUAGAAGGCUUCAAAACAGACAUUAAGGCUCUCCGACAGAAACUUAAAGACUUGGAGCAACUUCUGUAUAAGACAACACUGAGUACCCAGGCUAAUCAGGACCUUGCCAUUCUGUGUGAGGUCCGGGACAGCAAUCGACGGGCACGUAAGAUACAAGGAGAACUGAAGACCCUGAAGUCCAAGUUGUUUGGUUUGGAGAAUGAACUUAGACUCUGUUGACGUCCAUUUCUGGCAAUGCCCUCACCUGGAAGAGCUCUGCUUCCUGACACCCGGCAGCCAGGUCUUCCCGCCCCGGAAGUUGUGAGGCAUGUUGACGAGAGGCUUGCUCCCGUCAGUGCAAAGACAGGUUAAAGAUUCAGAAGCCUUUUCUUGCUCUCU